AGUUUUUUUGUGCGUUUCGUUUAGGUUUUUCUUAUUUUUAUAAUUAAUUAGUUUUUAACAAACUCAAGAAUUUCAAGUUCAACGCAAAAUUGCGUUCUCGAUGUUGGAUAGAUUAUAAUUUCACUUUUUCUUUGCGAUUACUCAGAUUGCAGUGUUUGUGAUAAAAAACGUGUUGAAAAAAUGUCGACGGAGAGAUUUCACAAUGACGACCUUACGAUUAGAGAUGCGAUUAAAGAAGAUAUGACAACGGUCGCCGAAAUGAUACAAGAACUGGCAGACUUUGAAAACAUGCCAGAGGGACCAAAACUAACUGUGAAAGAUUUGGAAACUCAUGGGUUCAAGAGCUCCCCUCCAGCAUUCCGCUGCAAGAUAGCUGAAACCACAUCGGACCAAGCUGUCCUGGGCUAUGCAUUGUACUACCCCACUUAUUCCACAUGGGAGGGCCGCUCUAUGAUGCUGGAGGACUUGUACGUGAGGCCCUCAGAGAGGAAAAGGGGGGUUGGCAAGAGGCUGUUUAAUUCUGUAGCCAAGGAAGCCAUCAAGUUAGGCAGUUCUCGUUUGGAUUUCCACGUGCUGGAAUGGAACCCAGCUCGCGCAUUCUACGAAUCGAAGGGUGCUGUGAACCUCACCAAGUCCGAGGACUGGUGCUACUAUCGCCUCACUGGAGACCCUUUGCUACUGGCCGCGGGGAAGGAUUCAGAUGAUGAACUUCAAAACUAAUGUGUAGUUAUGCCAAUUUUAUUUUAAAGUACAUUAUCAAAGUUGAUUUUAGUUAUUGUAAACACUAUUUUUAUUUAAUCUCUUCUUUGUUAUUAUCAUAAUUAUCACAUUUUAAUAAAUUAUAGUAUAAAUGUACCUUUUACCUGUGUUCAAUUGUGUAUUUUAUUAUAAUAAUACUUUGUACAUAUUUUUUAUAUUUCAGUACCUGUGUACUGUGAUAUUUGUGCAGGGUUUGUCGAACUGUGUUGAAAAUUUAUUCAAUAAAAUAUUUGAAUUAGU